AUGCAAAAGAAACCGUCAGAGAAUACCACUAUUGUUAACAUGAGAGCCAAAGAUGGUUUAACUUCUGGAAUUCAUCAGAGCCUGAAGAAUCCUGCAGGGAAAAUCAGGAGUAGCCCACCCUAUGUGACAUCUGACAACAUAUGGCAUGGGAGACUAGGAAACCAAAUGUUCAAGUAUGCUUCGAUUCUAGGCAUAAGCAGAAAACAGGGGAGGACGAUGUUUAUUGAACGGGGUACCGACCUGGAGAAGACGUUCAAGAUCAAUUACAUUUACACAAAUGAAAGCAUCGAAAAAUGGUCAGUCAUCCGAGAGAAAGACCCGGUUGCCUUUGAUAAAAGGCUAAUGAAAUUACCAAGGAAUGACACAAGAAUUUAUGGAUUCCUGCAGUCUUUUCUGUACUUCGCUGACGUGGUCGAUGAAGUGAGAACAGAAUUUACUUUCCAUGAUUCCGUAGCUAACGAGGCAGCCACAAUCCUUCGCGACAUAUACAUAAAAUAUAAUGUAUCAACGACUGUGGGAGUUCAUGUACGGCGUGGGGAUUUCUUAUCCGACUAUGGUCAAUACUGGGGAUACGGAGUUCCGAAGAAAUCUUAUUUCACCAAAGCUUUCAGCAUCUUCAAGUCCAAAUUUCCAGAAAGAAGAAUUGUCUUUUUGGUUGCCAGCGAUGAUCUGCCUUGGUGUAGUAAACAUUUGCACAGCAAUGAUGUCAUCGUGUUGCCACCUGCGUCCGCAGCUGUUCAUUUAGCCGUGUUAACAAGCUGUGAUCAUAUGAUUAUAUCCGGUGGUACUUUUGGAUGGUGGAGUGGAUGGCUGUCUAAUGGAUAUGUCAUUUAUUUCUCUGGUUAUAUGGGCAACGGAACAAGACUGGGGAAAACCCUCACAAUUUCCACGUACUAUCCACUCCUUUGGGUGGGGCUUGGAAACUAG